GGGCUUGGCAUUCUUUCCAUUCAGCAUACAAACAAUUGCACAAGCACCAGUCAUUCCGUGUUUCACAGCCUGUCCACUUUAAAUUGAGGCCACAGCAACUGAAGCUGGAAUGCAAACCAUUAUAAUUCUGGUGGUGUUGGUACUGGGAGCAUCCGCUGUGUUGCCAGACCCAGACACAGCCGGGGAGAAGGUGGCCCAGGAUCCGGUUCCCUGUGCAAAAGGCUGCAACUGUCUGCACGAUGAAUACAGCUUGGAGCUCAACGUCUACUGCAGUGCAAGGAACUUAACUCAAAUACCAGCUGACAUACCGCUGUCCACUCAUUAUCUCUGGCUAGAUGGAAACUUGUUUACUUCCCUCCCAGCGGCGUCUUUUAGGGAUCUAACCAAUCUGGACUUUUUGAAUCUACAGAGUGGCCAGCUGUCGACCCUUGAUCCUCAGGCUUUCAGAGGCCUCAGGUCCCUAGCACACAUGCACCUUGAGCGAAACCGCCUCCGUGGGUUGCCAAGUUCAAUCUUCCAGAACACACCUAACCUUGCUUCGCUUAGUCUGCACAACAAUCAGCUCAGUCGCAUUGAUGAGAGACUGUUUUCUGGGCUGUCGCACAUGUGGUUUCUCAAUCUGGGAUGGAACUCACUUACAGUCUUGCCAGAGACCGUUUUCCAUGACCUGACAGGUUUGCGAGAGCUGAACCUGGCUGGGAACCGACUCGCUUACUUGCAGCCGCAGCUAUUCCAGAAUCUUAACGAGCUUAAAGAGCUGGAUCUGACAGGAAAUUACCUCAAGGUUAUCAAAGCGAAUGUGUUUGUUAAACUCAUUAAACUGCAAAAGCUUUACCUGGCCCAGAAUCAGAUUGGGAGUGUGAUGCCCAGGGCUUUUAUAGGUCUAAAGUCGCUCAGGUGGCUGGACAUGAGAAACAACAGACUGACUUUAUUGCAUGAAGACACAUUCUUAGGCCUGUUCAGUCUUCAUGUGUUGCGCCUUUCCAACAACUCCAUCACCGGCUUAAGGCCAAGGACUUUCCGCACCCUGCAGUACUUGGAAGAACUAAGACUGAGUUACAACAAAAUUCGAGCUCUAGGGGAGAGGAUCUUCGAAGGACUUGGCCAUCUGGAGGUUCUGGAACUAGAUUACAAUCAAGUGCAAGAGGCACAAAUGGGAACGUUCAGUGGCCUGUCUCACGUGGCUGUCAUCAACCUAUCUGGAAGUUGCUUUAAAAGUCUGCCUGACCAAAUGUUCAAAAGUCUGCCAAAGCUUCACAGCCUACAUCUGGACCGAGGCUGCCUUACAAAGAUCACAGCUCUAGCUUUCAGUGGCCUCUCUGGUUUACGGAGGCUUUUCCUUCAGCAGAACAACAUCACUGUGGUGGAAGAUAAGAGUUUUGAGGAUCUGGUAGGACUCCUAGCUCUAGACUUAAGCUUCAACAAGAUGGAGGUUCUCACAGAUCACACUUUCUCUGGCCUUAGUAAUCUGGAGUACCUUCUCUUGUCCAAUAACGAGUGUCGUCAGUUUUUGCAGAAUGGAACAAAGCAGGUGCUUCCACGGCUGCGCUACCUGGACCUGCGAGCCAAUGCCUUGACAAGCAUAGUCACCAAUUUCUCCGAGAACAUGGAGAAACUCCUGCUGUCUGGAAACCAGUGGAAAUGUGACUGCACCACACUCCCACUCAGAAACUACAGCUUGCUGAAACCACAAGUCAUCCCUCGGCAAGUGGAGACCCACGCGGAGGGCGAAGAACCUGACAGCACGAUCACCAUAUACAACAACAUUACAUGCACCAGUCCACCACAGGCAGCUGGUCAGGACCUACGGGAUGUGGACAGCGAGCACUUCCGAAGCUGCUGAGGACGCUCAGACUUGUUGAUUAACACACAAUAGCUGCCAAUGUGUUUCUGGUUCACAUUAUAUCUUUGAAAGACUUUUAUUGAAAAAACAACAGGAUAUAACCACACACACACACACAUACAAAAACACACUUCUAAGGCACCCAAGCAAUGUUUGUUUUACAAAGUAAAUUCUCUGUCUCUGUUCAGUUUAUAUCAUUAUCUGAAAUAACUGUAACGAUUGUAAGUUUUGCAACUUAUGUGGAGACAAAUUUGCUGAAGAUAUUUAAUAAAAUAUUUUAGUGUGACCAA